GUUGUUUUCGUGGGUCAUCAUCAAUCUGGGAAGAGCACGGCAGCGGGUCAUAUAUUGGUCAAAUUUGGCGGACUGGAGAAGCGGAUUCUGAUGCGGGUUGAAAGAGAAACCAGCAAUCGCCCCACUUCGCGGUAUGCAUGGGUCCUGGAUCGCUCCCGCUUGGAACGAGACCGGUCUAUGACCCUGGACCUGAAACUCAACCGGAAUGGCGGGAAUACAGAUGUGGUGCUGACUCUGAUCGAUACCCCCGGUCACCGGGACUACCUGAGGAGUACCAUUGCAGGGAUAACGCAGGCA